AUGCCUGACUACGUGCUCACCCCCCCGGAGAAAAAACAUGCUCUGAUAAAACUGAACGAGUACCCAAGAACAAAUCCUAACAAGUCAUUUGAUCCAUCGGUCGAGCAGACAACUCCACAGACACUGUUCACUCCGCUUCUGCGCGUGUGCAACGUAGAGCUGACGAAGCGGAUCAUAACGAGCACUGUAACGGAGGUGGAAACAUCCGGGAAAGCGGAGGCCGUCCCGUGGCUGCGCAAAUUUGCGUUUGACAUGGGGAACAGAGUCGCCAAGGACGAGAACAUAAGAAUGAGGGAACUGGACAAGAUCAGGAAGCCGAUCGACUACAAUCAGUUCUAUCUCGAGUCGUUCGUGAGUGUUGACGAGGGACUGGAGGGAUGCACGAGCUACGAUUUCGUGCCGGGCGACGAGAAAUACAUGAUCUUUGAUUUUGAUGAAAGAAAUUUUGCGGUGAAGGAGAUGAAAGACUUUGUGCUGGAGUAUCCGUCACGGGUCGUUAUUGAUAGGAAUGGGGAGGAGGCUGAGUAUGGAUGCAAUGCCAAUGAUAUGAGUAACUACGUGCUGGUUGAGGUGAAGGAUGACAGGGCAUACUACUAUUUACUGAAGAACAGUCUCAAGCUGAAGCGCCUGAAGACACAUCACAAUUCGAGCGAACAGAGCUAAACAGUGAGCCGGUGAGUGUGUGACCUGGAGGCAUGCGGCUUGUAUUUGUGCCGUUGCACACCCGUUUUAAUGAUCAUGAGACAGCCUGUAGCGUAUAUCUGUGAAUUAAAGUAUGUUGCACGCUCAUUUUAUGUUUUGCGAAUUGCUGCUGUGUUAUGAGCUGAGAUGCUCUGCUGUUUGGAGUGAAGAAUCGUGUGAAUGCCUUGGAACUACCAAUUUGAGGUAUGGGCAGGCACAGACCGAUCUGAGAAAUGAGGAAUUUCCUCAACUAAAAUUUAGUUUUUAU